UGACCCACAUUCGAGCACUGCGAAUGCGAGCGGGUCGUGAGUGCGAGGGCGAAUGUGUGUCAGUGCGAUGAUUGUAUUCACGGACUGUAUGGGCUCGUCCAAUACAUUUCGGGAGCAUUCUCUUUACAGCACCAUUGUAUAGGAUUGUGGUAUUAUUUAUUUGCAUUUCCGCUCACAUACUAUUAACCCUUCUUCUUCGAGCACGGUACAGUAUGGUAAUCGCUGUAUAUUUACGUAGCCUACUGCAAGUUUAUGCAUGACAGCUUCAGGCUUCAGCCUUAUGCAAGGGACACGACUUAGCACGCUAGCUAUCGAGGAGUUGUAUUUAGUAACUCAAUGAACCCACUUAUCGAUUCAUCCUGAAUGCUGCGUGGCAUUUGUACACCUACAAAGCUUACCUGACAUAAACCGUAAGCUAUGCUUUCGAUAUCUCGGAACAACAACCUACUAUUAAAAGGUAGUCAAAUUAGCUACGAUGCUAACUAGCCGCCACUGAACGCCACUCGACCCGAGAUCAGUUAUAGUGCAUCACCACAAGGUCUAAUGUAAAGGCAGAUGAUGCUUACUGGAAACGUGUUAAAGGCUAUUGGCGUGUGCCUUGGCUGAAACGGACUGGCAUGUCUACGUCAACUUAAGGGACGGAGGCAGGAAUGUUGGUCUGCAGUCUGUUUUCCUUCCACUCAAGUAAUCAGCAACUACAGGGGGAGUGCGAUCUCGUCUGAAAACUGUGGUUCUGCAGCUGCCUAGUGCAGGCGCUGCUCCCAAUGUCUUCCUCACGCCUGAAAAGUCUUCCUCCAUUAAGGCAGCCCUGAAGCAACUCCAAAAUGACAAGUAUUGACAGCCGGGAUGAUUUGUUCGAUGGAUCGGUUGAUGGAUUGGAUGAUGAGAAGGAUCAAGCAAAACGAAACAAACGAAACAAGUCAGAGAAGAAGCGCAGGGACCAGUUCAAUGUACUCAUCAAGGAGCUUGGCAGCAUGCUGCCGGGAUCCACACGCAAGAUCGACAAGUCCACCAUCCUGCAGAAGAGCAUUGACUUUCUGCGCAAGCACAAAGAAAUUGCAGCUCAGUCAGAGUCCAGUGAGAUUCGUCAGGACUGGAAGCCACAGUUCCUCAGCAACGAGGAGUUUACACAGCUCAUGCUGGAGGCUUUGGAUGGGUUUUUCUUAGCAAUAAUGACAGAUGGAAAUAUCAUAUAUGUGUCUGAAAGUGUUACUUCCUUACUGGAACACCUCCCUUCCGACUUGGUGGACCAGAACCUCCUGAACUUCCUCCCUGAAGCGGAACACUCUGAGGUGUACAAAGCCCUCUCUUCCCAUCCUGAAGGGGAAAACUUGAGCCCAGAUUACCUCAAGACCAAAAAUCAGAUGGAGUUCUAUUGCCACAUGCUGAGGGGCAGCAUAGAUCCCAAGGAGCCGCCGGUCUACGAACACGUCAAGUUCAUCGGGACCUUCAAAUCACUGCAUACAGCCCCAAUGGUGACCAGGAACGGCUUGGCGGGCGUGCUGCAGCGGGCACUGCAACCGGCCUUCGAUGAUCAAGUCUGUUUCGUAGCAACUGUGCGGCUGGUCAAGCCACAGUUCAUCAAGGAAAUGUGCGUCGUGGAAGAGCCCAACGAAGAGUUCACCUCCAGACACAGCCUGGAGUGGAAGUUUCUCUUCCUGGAUCACAGGGCUCCUCCCAUCAUCGGCUACCUCCCGUUUGAGGUGUUGGGGACAUCGGGCUAUGAUUACUAUCAUGUGGAUGACCUGGAGGCACUGGCCAAAUGCCAUGAGCACUUGAUGCAGUAUGGAAAGGGGAAGUCGUGCUACUAUCGUUUCCUGACCAAAGGUCAACAGUGGAUCUGGCUACAGACUCAGUACUACAUCACCUAUCACCAGUGGAACUCCAGGCCGGAAUUCAUUGUCUGUGUGCAUACAGUGGUCAGUUAUUCUGAGGUGAGGUCAGAAAGGCGUCGAGGGAUGGGCUUAGAAGAAUCUCCCCCAGAGAUCACUGACAAGAGUCAGGACUCGGGUUCAGAGUCGCAGCUGAACACCUCCAGCCUGAAGGAGGCGCUGGAGCGCUUCAGCCACAGCCGCUCUCCUUCCACUUCCUCGCGCAGCUCCCACAAGUCUUCCCACACCGCUGUCUCAGACAACACCUGUGGCUCCACACCUUCCAAGCUGCAACUGGAUACCAGUGCAUCACCUCAUCCCACUGCCCCGUCCACCGUCGACAUGACCUCACAACGCCGGUCUUCCAUCAGCAACCAGUCCAUGUGCUCCCAGACGACGGCGCAGAGCGUAACCCCAUCUGUGGGGUCCCAGCAGCCGCAGCAGCAGCCACAGCAACAACAGCAGCAGCAACAGCAGCAACAGCAACAGCAGCCUCAACAACAGCAGCAGGUGCAAAACAACGUGCAGUUCACGGCGCAGUUGAACGCCAUGCAGCACCUGAAGGACCAGCUGGAGCAGCGGACGCGCAUGAUCGAGGCCAACAUCCAGAAGCAGCAGGAGGAGCUGCGGCAGAUACAGGAGCAGCUACACCGCGUCCAGGGCCAGGGAACACAGAUGUUCCUGCAACAGGCUGCUACAGGCGGCAGCAUCGUGCAGCUUCCCCAGGGUGGCGCCGGCGCUGUGCUGACCAUCCAGGCCAGCCAGCAGAGCGUCAGCAGCUCCGAGCAGGCCACCGUCGCCACGGCGCAGCACGCCACCCUCACCCAGCAUCCCCAGCAGCAGGCAGCCACGGCCCAGCCACAGGCCCUGCAGAGCACCACUCUGUCACAGACUGCUCGUCCAUCACAGGGUGCUCUCCCCGCGCAGCUCUACAACACGAUGAUGAUCGCCCAGCCGCCCUCCGCCAACGUCAUGCCCAUCGUCACCAGCAUGCCCCACACCCAGGGCACCACAAUCACUACCUUCACCCAGGACCGACAGAUCAGGUUCCCAGCUGGUCAGCAGCUGAAGCUGGUGACGGCCCCCAUGCAGUGCGGUGCGGUGAUGGUGCCCACCACCAUGUUCAUGGGCCAGGUGUUGAGCUACAGCCCCUUCCCCCAGCAGCAGGGCCAGACGCAGGCCAUCACUCUGCAGCAGCCACAGCAGCAGCAGCAGGUUGCACCGCAGGCCGACUCGCAGGCGCAGGCAGCCCAGGGCCAGGCCGUACAGACUCAGCAGGCUCCACAGCAGCAGGCGCAGUUCCUGCAGGGGACACGUCUGCUUCACAGCAACCAAUCCACUCAGCUCAUUCUACAGGCAGCUUUCCCCAUCCAGCAGCAAGGCACUUUUACUGCCACCACCACCACACAACAGCAGCAGCAACGACCGCAGCAGCAACAACAGCGUCAACCACAACUGAAGCCUCAGACUCAAAAGCCACAGAAAGCCCUGUCCAAUCACCGGACAGAUAGUGCCAGCACCCAAUCACAAUAAAGGAAGGGAUUGGCUCUCAACAUCUCGGUAGCUGACCAAACUCAGCCCGGGUUUGGCUAACCGAGUGGGCUCUGUGAUUGGCUUUUUUUGUUUGUUUUUAAAUCAUUGUUUUGGAAAGCGCAGUAUUGCCACAGGACCACAGCCGUAUUCAAGGUUUUUGCUUUGCACAAUUCUGGGUAACAGGAGAUACCUUGGCAUGCAAAGGAACUGGCUAUGUUGUCCUGUAAUGGAACGGGACACUGCUGAUAAAUCCUAUUCCACCCGCCUGCCCACAACGUCAUCAUGGUAAACAGUUGUCCAGCCGGGUGCUUCUACUUCAUCCAUAAUCACCGUCACAACCUUUCAAUCAAACACUUCGGGUUUCUUUUUUCCUUUUUCCAAAAAAAAUGACUUAAAUCAUUAUUUAUUCAGUUGGAGGAAAAACAAGACUGCUGGUUGUUAUCACCAAAAUCUUUGAAGAGGGCCGCUGUGUCUGUGAAUGGUACAGUGCAGCUUGGCAGCGGCCAUCGAACUGACUCUACCUGUAUCUGUACAGUCUCCAUGUAACAUAACCUGUAAAUAUCCAAACAUAAAGGAACAAGAGAAGCAAGUAUUUUAUAAGAUGCAUGACCAGUAUAAACUUUUUAUUUCUAGCUUUUGAGUUUGAUUUUUAUCAUUUUGUUUUUUUUUUUUUUUUAAUUAAUUAAUUUCUAGUGUCGUUCUGGUCAGGGGAUUUUAGAGAACUCAGAAAUGCUAAAGGAUGGGGUUUUGAAUUCUAAUCUAGAGUUUGUGCAGAUUGGUUCCGAGGGUUUCUUGGGGGUGUGUCACAGUUUGUUUAAUACAGGACUCACACAUAGGAAACUUCCAUAGAUCCUUGCUCCCAAUAGGUGUAUACACGUACGGUAACCAUGGCUUUAGCCUUCCUAGACGGACCUUAGAUUAACCAUGCUUGAGUAUUCCUGUAAAAUACUGAUCUUUAUACAAUGAAGUGCCAACAGGUGGUAAACUAGCAAGAACGAUCUGAUGUGUUUUGGGAAAACUACCAGUUAAAUAGUCGAUGCCAGUAGCUGUCAAGCCUCACAUAGACUUAGGGAUAGGACGGAUUAAAAUUUACAUAUAUAUGAAUAUACAUAUAUAUAUAUAUAUAGUUAUACCAAAUCAUCCCCUGCCCACUCCCCGAUACAUUUUCUAGCACUUACUGUGAUGAUGCACACUAAAAACAUGCUUCCCCACUUUUUUGUGCUGACGGAUUUUUGAAAUACACACCCAAGGUUGAUGUAUGUAUGAGAGCACUUAUAUUUGUUGGAGCACUUCAGUGUGUGUGUGAGUGUGUGUGCGUACGUGCAUGCGUGUGUGUGCGUAUGCGAAUGUGUGUGUAUGCGAGUGCGCACGUGCGUACGUGCGUGCAUGCGAGUGUGUGCGAGUGCAAGUGUGUGUGUGUAUGCGCGUGUGUGUGUGUAUGCGAGUGCAUGUGUAUGCGAGUGUGCGUACGUGCGUGUGUGCGUGCGUGUGUGUGUAUGCGAGUGAGUGUAUGCGAGUGAGUGUAUGCGAGUGAGUGUGUUAUAACAGUUUGCGCUUCCAGCCCAGCUGUCUUACAGUACAUAACUUGCAGAUGAUGUAGAAGCUACAGAAUGGCGUGCGUGCGUGCGUGCAUGUCUCUCAGGGUUAGCUAUACACACGGUCCAUACUCUGCUCUGGAAUUGUCAAAUGUUUUGAGUGAGAGAAGUUGGGGGACACACGGUGGUCUUGUUUUUCUCACACUACUGCACAGCUACAGUAAGCCAUAUCGAAUGCAUGCUAAUUGCUACUUGGAUCUCACCCUUUGUUUUUGGAGGUGUGUAUGCGGUGUACUUUGAAUGUUUUCUUUGCAUUGUUUGUGUGUGUUUGUCUGUGUGUGUCUGUGUGUGUGUGUAGGAGAAUGUCUGCACCGUACAGGUCAUUGGCGAAAUAUAUGUUGUGUGUGUGUGUGUAUGUGUAUGUGCGGACACAAGUCCUUAGAAUGAGGCACAGUAAUGCAAACGCAGCACUGUAAUGCAAAGUCUUGAGAGCUUGGGUGUAUAGGCGUGUGUGUGUUUGUGUUUGUGUAUGUGUGUGGUUUGGGAGUCGGAUUGCAGAGGAUGCGAGUGAGCAUGAGUAUGUAUGGCUUGUAAUGUCAUUAUCACACAGGGGUUCACCAUGUGUUGCCCCUGGCGAUAACCAAUCAGUUCUUGCUUUGCAGUAAAACAGAACAUUCUAGACUUCCUCCUCAGCUAGGUCAGGCAAUUUACCUCUGAAGUCACAAGCAUAAUCCUUAGUGUGGAAACAUUUUUAUAUGAUGCAGAUCAGAAACCUAUUUUAUUUUCUUACGGCUUAAAGGAGUUUAAUGGUGCAGGGCAUAGAUGGCAGGGGCAAAAAUAGACCGUUGUCACUGUUGAGUUAAAGAAGGGGUUUGAUAGUAAAAGAGAGACAAAAAAAAUUAAACAAGCUGUGACACUCAGGCUUUGUUGAAUGAUCUACUUCCAAAUAUGACCUUCCUUCAUUUUAAACCAUCCCCCUGUUUACUUUCGUGUUGUUGUUGUUUGUUGUUGUUGUUCUUGAUACUAUUGUUGUUGGUUGGUUGCUUUUUGUUGUUUCCAAGGACAAUGCAUUUACUAUUCAGUGGUGUAUUCUCAAACACAAAUGACAUGUAACUUGCAGCACCCCUUCCAAAAUGUAUGCCAAGUAUGUAGGUGGACUGAAUGAUUAUAAAGUAAUCCUUAAUCAGAUCAACAACAUUUCCCAUCAAUUCUAGUGUUUCGCAAACAUUUUGUUUUUCUUCUGAACAGGGUGGAGAAUUGGGUUGUUGCAGGAAUCACAUGUUAGGGAGAUUUGGUGGUUUUGCAGAGGCCUUUUCCAGCCUUACUCAAAGUAAUGAACAUGCAUCAUCAUCAUCAAUACUGUAUGUAAACAACAUGAGUGUUUCUAAGAUGUUCUAUGGUGCUACAUUACAGUAUAGAGUGUGUCAUUGACAUAUGCUUUCAAAAAACAAAAAAUCAUGUCACAGUGGUGUCUCAACUGAAAUGUCACAAUUUUACAACUGUUUCGUAGACGAGUUUGCCAAUAACCCGUGCCCCUUAUUAAUAUUCAAUAUUAAAAUAAACAGUACAACAAUGUAUAU